UCGCCAGUGUCAGCAGAUAUAAGCUCUGUGCAAACUUUAUCAGAAACACUAAAUGGGGAUCUGCGCUUUUUUAUGCAACAACACAAAAAUCCAACUCUGUUCGGCGUCUGUGGUCAGGUGAUCAGCUCUCAGCCUACCAAGAGCGAAAGACGGAAGUGUGAGCAGAGAAUUGAACUGCUGCAAGUGACUGUGUGUGUCCUUUGAGCUUGUUUUGCACAGUUGGAGUGGACAGAUGAUGUUGCGCGCUGUACUCCUCUUGCUCGGCCUGACAGGAUCAUGCAGGGCAAAUUUUGCGCCUCCUGUAGUCAACAUCAGCCUGGAUGAAGCCCCAGACGUGCGAUGGGCACCUCUGUUGAAAGUUUUUGACAUCGACUACUUGAAAAAAGCUGCUGCAGACGUGAUUGACACCACAGUUCCUAAAUGGGUGCAUCAUGCUCUUGCUCCCGUUGUGGCUGCUAUGGAAAAGUACAUUCCCCAGCCUUACGCCGGAGAAAUCCGCGGCAUGGCCUCACACUUUGGAGCAAGCCUGGCUGAUGUCAUCAUUCUCAACUUUGCCUAUGAAAUAUCUGCGUUUUGCACUAGCAUUGUAGCCCAGGACACAAAUGGACAUGUGUAUCAUGGCAGGAACCUUGAUUACCCACAUGAUGUUCUGAGGAAUCUGACUGUCAACAUAAACUUCCUUAAGAAUGGAGAGGUGAUGUACAGUGGAACUUCUUUUGCCGGCUACGUUGGCCUGUGGACGGGACAGAGUCCAAACAAAUUCACUAUUUCUGGGGACCAGCGAGGUGACGAGCACUGGUGGGAGUGGUGGAAGAACGCGGUUUCUGCUUUCCUGUUGAAGAGAUCCCCCGUCAGCUGGCUCGUGAGGGAAACCUUGGAGGGAGCAGAGGACUUUCAGGAUGCAGUGAUUAGGCUUUCCAAGAUCCCCAUUAUCACAGGGGUUUAUUACAUUGUGGGUGGGAUAUGGGCCAGGGAAGGAGCUGUGAUAACCAGAGACCGAAAAGGCCCUGUUGACAUCUGGAUCCUGGAUUCUCUGAGUGGAGGAUGGUACAGGGUGGAGACGAACUAUGACCACUGGCUUCCUCCCCCAGCCAAAGAUCAUCGGAGAGAUGCAGCCAGCAAAGCACUAAAUGCCACGGGGCAAGAUCACAUCAACAUGGAUACCCUUUAUAAGGUUUUGUCAACGUAUCCAGUGUGCAACCGAAAUACUGUUUACACUGCAGUAAUGAGUGCCGCAACCCCUGAGAAGUAUACUGCAGUGGUCAGAACGCAGGGCUGCCAAAAGCCUGAAUGAAUCUACGGUUGGACUGUUUGCUACUGACAGGAAUCAGGCAGUAAAGUUCACUUUUUUUUUUCUACAAAGCACUCAUGUGUAUCUGACCUUCACGGCAGGAUUAUAUGCAAAUCAUACAAUCAGUGUGAUUGUAAGUGAACUGGACUAAUUUUUUAGUGUGACACACUGUUCUCCUGCUUCGAAUAAAGCUGCUGACCUCUUAUGA